GUGCCCGCGGAGCGGCCGGUGUGCCGCCGCCGAGGCGGAGGGCGGUGCUGUGGGCGGCCGGGGGAGCCCCGCGAUUGGCCUCCGCCCGGCGGCUGGCGUGUCAGUCGGGCUCCAGGGGUGGCCCUGGGAGCCGCUCGCCCAGCCCUCUGACGGGAUGAAGCCUUUAGGGGGAUGCGGCGCUCUUUGCAUUUUGAUUAAAGCCCCUCAGCUCCCCUCAGUCUGAAGGCAGGGCACCGGGGAGGACGGGUCGGAGGGGCCUGUGCGAGGCCGGGCAGAGCGUGAGCGGGGCGAGACAGAGAAAAUCCCUCUCGGUUUAUCACGUAUGGCUCUAUAGGAGAAAUCAUCUCUGGGAAUAUAGUGGAAAGGACGGAGCUGGUAUAAACUGAAGGCGCCCGUGUUUAAGUCACACUUGUGGGUGCCCAGCAUGGAGAUGCAGAGAAGGUCCACAAGGUGGAAAACGAGAAGGUGGCCCUGGGACUCGGCUGUAACCGUGCUCAUCACCUUCGCUAUCCUUCUCCGGACUGCAGAGGUCAGAGGAGCUGAACCCGUUGAUGUGCUAAAGGCAUUAGAAUUUCACAAUUCACCAGAAGGAAUAUCAAGAACAGCAGGAUUUUGCACAAACAGAAGGAAUUCAAAAGGAUCGGAUGUUGCUUACAGAGUUUCAAAAACUGCACAGCUGAGUGCCCCAACAAAGCAGCUGUACCCAGGUGGAGAUUUUCCAGAAGAUUUUUCAAUAUUAAUGACAGUAAAACCUAAAAAGGGUAUCCAGUCUUUCCUUCUGUCUAUCUAUAAUGAGCAAGGAAUUCAGCAAGUAGGUGUUGAAGUUGGUAGAUCCCCUGUAUUCCUGUUUGAAGACCAAAAUGGAAAACCUGCCCCAGAAGACUAUCCACUUUUCAGAACAGUCAACAUUGCUGAUGGCAAGUGGCAUCGAGUAGCUAUUAGUGUGGAGAAAAAGAGUGUUACAAUGAUUGUUGACUGCACCAAAAAAACUACAAAACCACUUGACAGAAGUGACAAAGCAGUUGUGGACACCAAUGGCAUCACUGUCUUUGGAACCAGGAUUCUGGAUGAAGAAGUUUUUGAGGGUGAGAUCCAACAGCUGUUGAUUAUAGCUGAUCCCAGAGCUGCAUUUGACUAUUGUGAGCAUUAUAGCCCAGACUGUGAUUCCCCAGUGCCCAAUGCUGCUCAGGCUCAAGAUCCUCAAGUUGAUGAGUACACACCAGAAGAUUUUAUCGAAUAUGACUAUGAGUAUGGGGAUGCAGAUUAUAAAGAAACUGAUUCUGUAACAGAGGGACUCCCACUGUUCGAAGAGACAGUAGCACAAACAGAGAAAAAGAAAGCCAUGGCCAAAAAGAAGAAGAGGACAGUGGCCGCUAGCUCAAAGGACAAACCCCAAAAGGCCACAACAAAAAAAACUGAAAAAUAUGCAUCCAAGAAGAAGAAAAGUUAUCAAGCAGCAACAAAAGACAAACUAGGGGCAAACGUUGUUGAUGGCUUUCAAGAGUACAGCAUAGCUGAAAAUGACUACGGGCCCCAGACAGAAUCUCCCUCCAGAACUACUGAAGCAAAUGAGCAAAAUCCCGUUGAAGAAGUAUUUGCUGAAGAAUACAUAACUGGAGAGGAUUAUGAUAAAAAAACUGAGGCAACUGAAUAUGGAAGCAGAGGAGUAGACCUCAGUGAAUCUGAUCUGCUGGUAGAUGGAGAUUUAGGCGAAUAUGAUUUUUAUGAAUAUAAAGAAUAUGAAGAGAAACCAACUGAUUCCACUAAUGAGGAGUUUGGUCCAGGUGUUCCUGCAGAGACCGAUAUCACAGAAACAAGCGUGACAGGACAUGGGGCUUAUGGAGAAAAAGGCCAAAAGGGAGAACCAGCUGUGAUUGAACCUGGUAUGCUCAUUGAAGGACCACCGGGACCAAGAGGACCUGCUGGUCUUACAGGUCCCCCAGGUCUGCAAGGUCCAGUUGGUCCUCCAGGUGACCCUGGUGAAAGGGGUCCACCUGGUCGCCCUGGUCUUCCUGGUGCUGAUGGUUUAGCAGGUCCCCCAGGUACCAUGUUAAUGUUGCCGUUCCGCUUCGGUGGAGAUGGUGAGAAAGGCCCUACAAUCUCAGCUCAGGAAGCUCAAGCACAAGCCAUUCUUCAGCAAGCUAGGAUUGCUAUGAGAGGUCCACCUGGUCCUAUGGGACUCACUGGAAGACCGGGUCCUGUGGGUGGACCUGGAGCAGCAGGUGCUAAGGGUGAAAGUGGUGAACCAGGUCCCCAGGGUCCUCGUGGUGUUCAAGGUGCCCCCGGUCCAAGUGGAAAAGCUGGCAAAAGGGGACGUCCUGGAGCUGAUGGUGCCAGAGGAAUGCCAGGUGAACCUGGUGCAAAGGGUGACAGAGGAUUUGAUGGUCUUCCUGGCCUCCCUGGUGACAAAGGUAACAGGGGAGACCGUGGCCCACAAGGACCUCCUGGCUUACCUGGUGAAGAUGGGUCAAGAGGAGAAGAUGGGGAAGUUGGACCAAGAGGUCUCCCAGGUGAAGCUGGUCCACGGGGAUUACUGGGCCCCAGAGGAACACCUGGUCCCCCCGGACAACCUGGCAUUGCAGGUAUUGAUGGACCUUCAGGCCCAAAAGGAAACAUGGGUCCUCAAGGGGAACCAGGACCUCCUGGUCAGCAAGGAAUUCCAGGCCCACAAGGGCUUCCUGGUCCUCAAGGUCCUAUUGGGCCUCCUGGUGAAAAAGGGCCACAGGGCAAGCCUGGCCUUCCUGGCCUUCCUGGUUCUGAUGGGCCUCCUGGUCAUCCUGGCAAAGAGGGUCAGUCUGGGGAUAAAGGUGCAUUGGGCCCUCCAGGUCCUCAGGGUCCAAUUGGCUAUCCAGGUCCUCGUGGUGUAAAGGGUGCUGAUGGUGUCCGUGGACUCAAGGGAUCCAAAGGUGAAAAGGGUGAAGAUGGUUUUCCAGGAUUUAAAGGCGACAUGGGUCUUAAAGGUGACCGGGGAGAAAUUGGUCAGCCGGGUCCACGAGGAGAAGAUGGUCCAGAAGGUCCAAAAGGUCGAGCGGGUCCAUCUGGGGAUCCAGGUGCUGCUGGUCCAGCUGGGGAAAAGGGUAAACUUGGUGUACCUGGAUUGCCAGGAUAUCCAGGAAGACAAGGUCCAAAGGGCUCGACUGGUUUCCCAGGAUUUCCUGGUGCCAAUGGAGAGAAAGGUGCAAGGGGAUUACAUGGCAAACCAGGCCCCAGAGGACAGCGAGGACCAACAGGUCCAAGAGGCUCAAGAGGUCCCAGAGGUCCCACUGGAAAACCAGGUCCAAAGGGUACUUCAGGCAAUGAUGGUCCUCCUGGCCCACCGGGUGAAAGGGGACCACAAGGGCCUCAGGGACCUGUUGGAUUCCCUGGACCAAAGGGACCUCCAGGGCCACCUGGAAAAGAUGGCUUGCCUGGACACCCAGGACAGCGGGGUGAGACUGGUUUUCAAGGAAAAACUGGUCCUCCUGGUCCUGGUGGUGUCGUUGGCCCUCAGGGUCCUACUGGUGAGACCGGACCGAUUGGUGAAAGAGGUCAUCCAGGUCCUCCUGGUCCACCAGGUGAACAGGGCCUCCCAGGUGCUGCAGGAAAAGAAGGUGCUAAGGGUGAUCCAGGCCCUCAAGGCAUUCCUGGGAAAGAUGGACCAGCAGGUCUUCGUGGUUUCCCUGGAGAGAGAGGCCUUCCAGGUGCUCAGGGUCCAGCUGGUCUGAAAGGAGGGGAGGGCCCACAGGGUCCACCUGGCCCAAUGGGUUCUCCAGGGGAACGUGGAGCAGCGGGCACUGCUGGCCCAAUUGGUCUUCCAGGUCGUCCUGGACCUCAGGGUCCCCCAGGCCCCGCAGGGGAGAAGGGUGCUCCCGGUGAAAAAGGUCCUCAAGGUCCAGCUGGACGUGAUGGAAUACAGGGUCCUGUAGGACUUCCUGGUCCUGCUGGUCCUAGUGGUUCUCCUGGAGAAGAUGGUGACAAGGGUGAAAUUGGUGAACCAGGUCAGAAAGGUAGUAAAGGCGACAAAGGAGAAAACGGUCCUCCGGGUCCACCGGGUCUCCAGGGUCCUGUUGGUGCCCCGGGUAUAGCUGGAGGUGAUGGAGAGCCAGGCCCAAGAGGUCAGCAAGGGAUGUUUGGGCAAAAAGGUGAUGAAGGUCCUCGAGGCUUCCCCGGCCCUCCAGGCCCUAUUGGCUUACAGGGUCUGCCUGGCCCACCAGGUGAAAAAGGUGAAAAUGGUGAUGUGGGCCCAAUGGGGCCACCUGGUCCUCCAGGUCCAAGAGGUCCCCAGGGUCCUAAUGGAGCUGAUGGUCCUCAAGGUCCCCCAGGCUCAAUCGGCUCUGUUGGAGGCGUUGGUGAAAAGGGUGAACCUGGAGAAGCUGGUAAUCCUGGACCUCCUGGAGAAUCCGGAACAUCUGGUCCAAAAGGUGAAAGAGGAGAAAAAGGUGAAGCUGGUCCACCCGGAGCAGCUGGACCACCAGGUGCUAAAGGACCUCCAGGUGAUGAUGGGCCUAAGGGUAACCCAGGCCCAGUUGGUUUUCCUGGAGACCCUGGUCCCCCUGGGGAACCUGGUCCAGCUGGUCAGGAUGGUGUUGGUGGAGAGAAGGGUGAAGAUGGUGAUCCUGGUCAACCUGGUCCACCAGGUCCUUCAGGUGAAGCUGGCCCACCUGGUCCACCAGGAAAAAGAGGACCUCCUGGAGCAACUGGUGCUGAAGGCAGACAAGGUGAAAAAGGUGCAAAGGGUGAACCUGGUGCAGAAGGGGCUCCUGGUAAAACUGGUCCAGUCGGUCCACAGGGACCUGCUGGGAAACCUGGCCCAGAGGGUCUCCGGGGCAUUCCUGGCCCUGUGGGAGAACAAGGCCUACCUGGAGCACCAGGUCAGGAUGGCCCUCCUGGACCUCUGGGUCCACCUGGCUUGCCUGGACUGAAAGGAGAUCCAGGUUCCAAAGGAGAGAAGGGACAUCCUGGUUUGAUUGGCCUGAUUGGACCUCCAGGAGAACAGGGUGAAAAGGGUGAUAGGGGUCUUCCUGGCCCACAGGGAUCUCCUGGAGCCAAGGGUGAUGCAGGAAUUUCUGGUCCUGCUGGUCCACUUGGACCCCCUGGUCCUCCUGGUUUACCUGGUCCCCAGGGUCCAAAGGGUUCUAAAGGAUCCAGCGGUCCUGCUGGUCAAAAGGGUGACAGUGGGUUACCUGGUCCACCUGGUCCUCCAGGCCCUCCGGGUGAGGUAAUCCAGCCACUGCCAAUCCAGUCACCCAAGAAGACAAGAAGAUCUCCUGAUUAUAUGUUAUCUGAUGCUGGUGACAAUAUUCUGGAUUAUUCCGAUGGCAUGGAAGAGAUCUUUGGUUCACUGAAUUCGCUGAAGCAAGACAUUGAGCACAUGAAGUACCCAAUGGGCACUCAGAAUAACCCUGCCCGAACCUGCAAAGACUUGCAACUCUGUCACCCAGACUUCCCAGAUGGGGAAUAUUGGAUUGAUCCUAACCAGGGCUGUUCUGGAGACUCCUUCAAAGUAUACUGCAAUUUCACAGCAGGUGGGGAAACUUGCAUCUACCCAGAUAAGAAAUCUGAAGGAGUUAGAAUUUCAUCAUGGCCAAAGGAGAAUCCAGGAUCUUGGUUUAGUGAAUUCAAGCGAGGCAAACUUCUCUCCUAUUUGGAUGUUGAAGGCAAUUCCAUUAAUAUGGUCCAAAUGACAUUCCUUAAACUACUGAGUGCCUCUGCCAGACAAAAUUUCACUUAUAACUGUCACCAGUCUGUAGCUUGGCAUGACGCCCCAUCUGACAGCUAUGACAAAGCACUGAGGUUCUUAGGAUCGAACGAUGAAGAAAUGUCUUACGACAACAAUCCUUACAUCAAAGCUCUUCACGACGGCUGUGCAUCAAGAAAGGGCUAUGCAAAGACAGUGAUUGAAAUCAACACGCCCAAAAUAGACCAAGUGCCCAUAGUUGAUGUGAUGAUCAAUGACUUUGGUGAUCAGAACCAGAAGUUUGGAUUUGAGGUCGGUCCUGUCUGCUUCCUUGGUUAAGCUUAAGACAAAAUCAGAUCAACAAAAAUGUUGCACUUUGGUGCUACCAACCCACUUCAUGCCACAUGCAAGUUUUGAAUAAGGAUGGCAUAGAAAAUGUGUCUUGCUGUGUAUGUAUGUCUUAUCUAGAAAGUAAUCAUUGCCCUUGUAGGGCCAGAAUCACAUGACUUAAACUUAUUUUGCAAAGAUGCUGUGGCACAGACAGACAACAUAGGGCUCACUUCAGGAACACCCCCUUUGGAUUCCUCUGGUGCUGUAAAAAAUGAACGACAUGGUGCUCCUUCCAUUACAACAAAGAGGUGUUAAGAAAGUGUUUAAUAAACUGUAAUUAUUCUAUGUACAGUACUAUACUGUUAUUUCUCUGUCCAUUUCCAAAACUUGCAUGUGUCUCUGAAUUGCAUCUGGCUGUUAUUUUACAUUUACAAAACUACAUGGUCAAUACUGUGUAUGUAUUCUGAAAAAAUAAAACUGUAAUUGCCGGUGAAGCCAAUUCCAUUUCUGAUUAAUAAUAAAAUCCCUUUGUAUAUAUUGUUGUGAAGAGCUUUGUUAUUUGAAGUUGCCAGUAAACUUAAGGUGGCAAAACUGGAAGAUCUUGAGCAGCACACUCAAACAACUCUUUUCUGCUGAUAUCACUCUGUGACAAUGAAUUUUGAUAAUGAAAGCACCUUCAAAGGUGCUGUGUUCCAUGGUGCUAAUACCUCAGACUUCUUAUUUUCUUUUCUAAUUCCAUAAUUUCAUAAGAUAACUGUAUAUACCUAAAAGAAACAAGUUUAUAUUUUUGGGUGGGGAAAAUAUGUAAGAAAAAACCAAACUUCUGUGUAAGAGAACUGUUAAAAAAUCUGUGUGAAAUAAAUUAGUCAUAUAGGUUUCCUUUGUUGUUUUUUUUUUUUUUUUUUUAAUCUCAUCUAGAUUUGUUUCCAUUGUGCUUAUUUGGUCUGCAUAAAUAUAAAAACUGAAUUCUAAACAGUUAUUUAUGGAGUUUUGCAGUGUUUACUUAGAUGUUUAUGUAAGCAAUGGAUGCUUGCUUCCUGAACUGGAUACUAAAAGUUCCACAGAAUGGUCCUAUACAAUAUUUGCCCGUCCCAUUAAUAUGAAUGAUUUUUCUUCCUGUUAUUCCACCUGAAGGCCAGGGAUGCAAUAUGUCUAGGUCAUGUGAUUCUACACAGUUGCUAAGCAACAUACGAGGGACUGCUUCCUACAGAGCUGUCUUUGACCCAAACCCUUACGAUUCGCUAUUCAAAGCUCACCAAAAACACAGGUUGGUUUGGCCUUCCCUCUGAACAUUUUAUUCAGGUAGUUGGAAGUAGAAAUGACAUUUUAGCUUUACAACACAAAUCCUUUUGUAAUUAUUUUUCAUAAUAUAUGUAAGACUUGAAAAGAAAUGUUUGUUUCUAUUUCUUAUAAAUUGUUAAAUUAAAUAGUACUAGUUUCUGCUGGCUCGUUUCCAACUGGUAUUUUCUUAUGCACAUUUAUACAUGUAAAAGUGAGAUUUCAAAAGUCAACUUCUUGCUGUUCAUAUUUUCUUUUAUUUUUGAACCAAAGUUUGUAACUGUCACCUCAAAGAGGAAAAUACAAAUUUUAUUAAUAAAAUCAAGUCUUGUCUAUCUGGA